GGUAGAUAGACGAAUGUGUGUAUACCUAUAGAAUGCGCGGGAAUUUCUCGAUUGCGACGUUAUCUUUUGGCGAUUCCGCAGACGCGUUUCCUUUUUGAGGAAAAGGAAAACAGUUGGGUUCGUAUCGAUCCAAUCCACGUCUGAGUUACAUAUCGCGCGGUCUAUUUUCGGUGGGUGACUUUAUCGCCUUAAAAAAUAAGUGGAGUGCCGUAUUUAAUAUCAAACGCGACAUAAGAAAAAAGGAAAAUGUCCCACACGGUAACGGUCACGAGGACCACAACAACAACCACCACAUCCGCUAUAAUCAUCAACACGGGCUAUUUAAAAUCGUGGCCCGGCCUUCUCAAACUAGCACAACUAAUUUUAGGUAUCGUGACGGUGGGAUUAGUCAGCUACUACUACCAAAGGUUCCAGAAUUUCACGCAGACCCCCGAGACCUUCUUCCUGUUGAUGGCGGUGACAUUCAUGCUCGGCACGUUUAUGUUGUUGGUGUCCUGCCUCAUUUCAAUUUCGACGUCAUCCAUUAUUUCGAAAACAAUUUACGAAGUUGUGUAUCACGGGUUUGCUUUCCUAUUGUUGCUGGCAGCCAGCUUGACGUUCGUGAUUGAAGUAAACCAUCGAAAGAGAUCUUAUUACAAUGAUUACGAGCCUUAUUUCGCAGCUGCUGUAAUUGGAUUAGUAAACGCCGGACUGUAUUUACUCAGCACCAUAUUCGCCAUGAGAAGUUACAGAGGACUCUAAGACGCCCUGUGGUCCCGCUUUUUUAUUUGGGAUGAUCUGACAAUUACGAAACAACGUCCAGUUAUUCAAGUACAUAUUGUUGUGUCCGGUAACCAUCGAUUUUUCAUACUUACCCUUCCAUAAUUUAUUUAUUUUUAACGAUAUUUACAUUUAAUUGAUAAUCGUCGUAUUUAAAUGUAUAUAAUUUAGUUUUGUUUGUAUUUUUUUAUUGUUUGUAUCGAAAUUUAAUAUGUUUCGCGUUUAUAAUAAAAAAUACGAGUGUACUUCAUCAGAACGAACAUUCAACAUUAUCUUUUACUGUCUGCCAGUUGUACUCGCCAUACUCGUAUACUAGCGAUUAUCUUCUAUAAGGUGCAUACUAUUAAUGUCUGCCAAUGAUUAAUAUAAAAAUAAGAAAGAAAUACUCAGUUAAUAAAACGUAUUUGUGGCUUUGGAAAGCAUUUUAAUGCGGUAGAUGUGUUUUAUAUUUUUUUAUGAUAUUCCAUGCCAACAUCUCUAAUAAUUGAAUGUAAUGUUUCUAUGUGCCUUUCUAUGCUAUGUAUAUUUUUUUAGCAAUGUAUCUUACAUAUAAAUGGAUUUGAUAUUCCGCAAUAAACUUGUUU